GCAUCCUCCGUCACGGGCCUAAUGCAAUCCUGGACUGGAAACAAGACGUUGAGUGAUGCGGAUUUGGAUCAGCCACUCAAGUCUAUGGAACAACUUUUGACGAGUAAAAAUGUAGCCCGGGAGGUGGCACACGAACUUUGCUUAGGCAUACGUGGGAAACUUGAAGGAAAAAAGCUGAAUUCUCUGUAUCGUGUGCAAACGGCGGUAAGGCAGGCUUUGGAAUCGACUUUGACCAAAAUGCUUAAAAUGCACGUGGACUUGCUGCGAAACACAAUGUCCAAACGAGGUGACAACUCUUUGUUCAAAAUGAGCAAACGUGCUCCCUAUGUCAUUGCGGUAGUCGGGAUCAAUGGGGUGGGUAAGAGCACCUCGUUGGCCAAAUUGGCAUAUUAUUUCAAGCAGAACGGUUGCUCUCCAUUAUUAGUGGCGGGUGACACAUUUCGUUCCGGCGCUGUCGAACAACUCAAAGUUCACGCUUCUUGCCUAGACAUUCCUAUGUAUUCACAAGGAUAUUCCAAGGAUCCAUCAAUAGUUGCAAAGGCAGCCAUUCAGCACGCUACGGAAGAAAAUCAUGAUGUCGUACUGAUCGAUACUGCGGGACGCAUGCAAAAUAAUGUUCCACUUAUGAAAGCCUUGGGCAAGUUGGUCACAGAAAAUAAACCAGAUUUUGUAAUUUUGGUUUGCGAGGCUCUGGUAGGCCAUGACGGCUUGUCGCAAUUUACGAUGUUCAAACAGGCGCUUGGGAUCCGAGGUAUUGACGGUCUGAUAUUGACAAAGUUUGAUACAGUUUCGGACAAGGUUGGCGCGGCAUUGACUUUAACACACCAAACCGGAGCUCCUAUCAUCUUUUGCGGAACUGGUCAAAAGUACCAUCACCUGAAGAAGCUCAGCGUGACGUCUGUAAUUCAAAGUCUUUUUGCGUCCUAA